AUGAGGAGACCUUUUACUAUGACAAUGGAAGAAGAAAGCGUCGCAUUGUUGCUACAGCAGCUCCAGGAGCUCCGUACAGAGAUGCGGACUCAGAAACAACAGCUCCAAGAAGAGAAUAACAGCUUACGGGCGGAACUACAGGCCGUACGGAACUCGCAACUGAGAAACCAUCCACCAGUUACCACUACAGUUACAUCCGCAACGCCCACCCCCUACGAACGAAGCUAUCCCCGUCCUCGUCACCCGGAUGUCGAACCCUUUACUGGAGAAGACCCUAAGGACUACCCUCCUUUCCAGAUGAACCUUCCCAGCCUGAGAGGAAAAGCCAGCCAGCGUGUACUACCAUGGCUCUUGGCUCGCCAGAAAUCUGAGACUCCCGUGCUAUGGGCAGAAUUCUCCGCGGUACUAGACAAGGCCUUUGGUGACCCUGACCGACAGAGAAAGGCUCUUGUACGAGUGAAUACAAUGAAGCAAGGGAAACGUGACUUUGAAGAGUUCUUGAAUGAAUUUGACGAAGAACUUCUUAAUGCUGGAGGGAUUAAUUGGGAUGAUAACCAGAAGAAGGCCUUGUUGGACACGGCAAUUAAUGUUGAGCAGGAGGAUUCGUACGACAACUACUGUAAUCAACUGCGCGAAAUCAACCACAACCUCCAGAGAGUGGCCAGGCUUACACGAAAAGGAUCUCGCGCUGCUGUCCCCACGCAUGUCGCUCGUACAAGACCAGCAGGAGGCUCUGACCGGACCGGGACCCCUGAUCAAAUGGACUGGGAAGCCACCCAUGCUCAAAUUGCAGCCCUACAAAAGGAAGUCGCGGCCCUCCGUACGAAAGGGACCAGGACCCCAAGAAAAGCUAGUCAGGCGCCUGCAGAGGAGAAGCAAAAGAGGUUGUCUGAGGGCAAAUGCCUACGCUGCGGUGAUCCUGACCACUUUAUACAAGAGUGCCCUACAAAACCUACCAGGCGCCCUAGGCAGGUGGCCACAGUUCAGGAAGAACAAGACCAAAUGGAUGACUACAGCGAGAGCGAGUCGGAAAACGAAUAA